AUGGCGGCCCCCUCUUUCAAGCGGCUUGUACGCUUCGUCCCCAAAUCAGAUGCCUCGAAGGUUCUUUUGGGCGAGCCUGAGUCGGAGAGCGUGGACGUCGGCGAAGCGCUCUGGAAUGGCCAGGAGGUUACCGUCAAUGUCUUCUCUGGCACAUCAGUCCUGGCAGCGGGAUCGGCGACCGGCCAGAAAGAAGUCAUUGACAGGGUCCUAUCACCGCUCGACAGCAGUGAAGUCGGUACCAUUCGCUGCAUUGGUCUGAACUAUGUGCAACAUGCACAAGAAGUCAAAGUGGCGUUGCCAGAGGUGCCGACUCUCUUCAUGAAGCCCAGCACUGCCCUCGCAGACCCGUGGCCAGCCAAAACCGCCCUGCCGAAGCUCACACAAAAGGACGACUGUGGCGACUACGAGUCCGAGCUCGCAGUCAUUAUUGGCAAGACGUUCAAGAACGUGUCCGAGGAGGAUGCCAUGGACUAUGUCCUAGGCUACACCGCUGCCAACGAUGUGUCCAGCCGUGCAGCCCAGUUCGCGCAGUCGCAGUGGUGCUUUUCCAAGAGUUUUGACGGUUCAUGUCCCAUUGGACCGGUCCUUGCAUCCAAGUCUGCCAUCCCAGAUCCAUCGAAGCUAAAGUUACAGGGCUCGAAGAACGGCGAAGUCUUGCAGAGCUGCGGGCUUGACGACUUGAUUUUCUCCAUUCCCAAGUUACUGAGCUUCAUUUCGCAGGGUUCAACAAUACCCGCGGGUACGGUUAUCAUAACCGGCACUCCAGCGGGAGUGGGCGUGGGAAAAAACCCCAAGGUAACACUCCGGGAUGGAGAUCGGUUUGACGUGAAGAUCACACCGCAUAUUGGGACCCUCAUUAAUGUAUUCGAGAACGAGGUAUGA